CCUUGAGGCGGGGGCCGGAAGUGCAGCCGCGUCCGCUGGGCGCCGCGGGCGGAGGGACGCACGGAGAUGACGCAAGCAGCACCGGAAGCCGCUCCCCGGUUGGGUAGCGGACGGAGAGCGGCGGCCGCGGGUCCAGGCGCCAUGGCUGUGGAGCGGACCCGGCCGCUGCGAGGCUCUGGCGGCCGGAGCGCGCCUGGUCGGUGUGGGCCCCGCGCGAGGUCCCGGGCCCUGGGGCGCUCGCUCAGGUCAGUGCCGCGCGGAACACGCUCCCGGAGCCGGGGACCCGGGAGCCACGGACGGGUGGAAGGGCUCUGGAGUUGAUGUUAGACUUGGGAACAUGGAGCCUCGGAGUUACUGCCUCAGUUUCCUUGGCUGCGAAAUGCGUUGGCAGUGACGCUCCAGGGCUGCCCUGAGGUUGAAAGAUGAAGUGUGGAAAGGUGGUGUAUGAAGUGCAAGCGCUGUACUAACGUGAGGGACUGCGCCGUAGGUGUGGGUAUGCCAUGGAAACAGGUAAAUUUUUCCAUAACCUUAUGGAGAGAAAGGACUUUGAGACAUGGCUUGAUAACAUUUCUGUUACAUUUCUUUCUCUGACGGACUUGCAGAAAAAUGAAACUCUGGAUCACCUGAUUAGUCUGAGUGGGGCAGUCCAGCUCAGGCACCUCUCUAAUAACCUGGAGACUCUCCUCAAGCGGGACUUCCUCAAACUCCUGCCCUUGGAGCUCAGUUUUUAUUUGUUAAAAUGGCUCGAUCCUCAGACUUUACUCACAUGCUGCCUCGUCUCUAAACAGUGGAAUAAGGUGAUAAGUGCCUGUACAGAGGUGUGGCAGAUUGCGUGUAGAAAUUUGGGCUGGCAGAUAGAUGAUUCUGUUCAGGACGCUUUGCACUGGAAGAAGGUUUAUUUGAAGGCUAUUUUGAGGAUGAAGCAACUGGAGGACCAUGAAGCCUUUGAAACCUCAUCAUUAAUUGGACACAGUGCCAGAGUGUAUGCACUUUAUUACAAAGAUGGACUUCUGUGUACAGGGUCAGAUGACUUGUCUGCAAAACUGUGGGAUGUGAGCACAGGGCAGUGCGUGUAUGGCAUACAGACUCAUACUUGUGCAGCAGUGAAGUUUGAUGAGCAGAAACUUGUGACAGGCUCCUUUGACAACACUGUGGCCUGCUGGGAAUGGAGUUCCGGAGCCAGGACCCAGCACUUUCGGGGGCACACAGGGGCUGUAUUUAGUGUCGACUACAAUGAUGAACUUGAUAUCUUGGUGAGUGGCUCUGCAGACUUCACUGUGAAAGUAUGGGCUUUAUCUGCUGGGACAUGCCUGAACACACUCACCGGGCACACGGAAUGGGUUACCAAGGUAGUUUUGCAGAAGUGCAAAGUUAAGUCUCUCUUGCACAGCCCUGGAGACUACAUCCUCUUAAGUGCAGACAAAUAUGAGAUCAAGAUUUGGCCAAUUGGGAGAGAAAUCAACUGCAAGUGCUUGAAGACGCUGUCUGUCUCUGAAGAUAGAAGUAUCUGCCUGCAGCCAAGACUUCAUUUUGAUGGCAAAUACAUCGUCUGUAGUUCAGCACUGGGCCUCUACCAAUGGGACUUUGCCAGUUAUGAUAUUCUCAGAGUUAUCAAGACUCCCGAGAUAGCAAACUUGGCCUUGCUUGGUUUUGGAGAUGUCUUUGCCCUGCUGUUUGACAACCGCUACCUAUAUAUCAUGGACUUGCGGACAGAGAGCCUGAUUAGCCGCUGGCCCCUGCCAGAGUACAGGAAGUCAAAGAGAGGCUCAAGCUUCCUGGCAGGCGAAGCUUCCUGGCUGAAUGGACUGGAUGGGCACAAUGACACGGGCUUGGUCUUUGCCACCAGCAUGCCUGAUCACAGUAUUCACCUGGUGUUGUGGAAGGAGCACGGCUGAUGCCAUGAGCCACCACCGCUGACUGACUUUGGGUGCCGGGGCUGCAGGGUUUGAGUGCAACCUCUAUGGCAGCCGACUGCAUGAACCAAAGUUCUCACCUAACGGUAUCAUCACGCAGUGCACAAUCAUUUAUCUGUUUGCCAGGGGGCCAGGGCUCUGGGUGGGGGAGGGCUCGUUUUACUGACAUACAUCACAGCAUGCUAAUGGGAUACACCAUUGACUUCAUUUGUAUUUAGUUAUGUUGGUCAGAAUAAGAGUAUGCAUUUUGGGUUCAUCUUUCUUGAAUAUUGGUUUUAAGUAAAGAAAUUUAAAUGGUUCAUUAAUAUGCUAAUUGGUUGCCUAUAAAAACACAUUCAGUCUAUUAUUAAAGCUUUUUAUCAUUG